UUUUACGUUGCCACACCGAGUUCGUUCUCCUUCAGUGGAAACGAAUCGAAUCCGGGAUUGAAGAAAGCACAUUCCACAGCUUACAUCUCUCUGGGUCCAUCCCAAACAGAAAAAAUCAAAGUCCUCGGUCUGGUUCAUGGUUUCAUAUCUGCCACUGAUCUGCGUCGACCUUUGCGCACCUCGGUCUCUCUGAAAAGUUCCACUCAUUCCCAAUCGAACGGGGUUUUUCGUGAGUCCUCAGCCGCGGAACCAUCCAAUAAGCCGGUGCCUUUGGCCAACGCGAACCCCGAUACGACACAGAUCGCACUUGCGGCGCAUUGUUGCAGACGAUUCGCACGAGACAAAUCCUUGCGUCGAUCGCUGCCUCGAGUGCUCGUUCAUCCGCCCAUUAGAUUGCCUGUUCACGAGACACACAGUCAAACGAACUUGACCGAUACAGGUGACGAACGACUAAAUCUGGAUGGUGAGGGCAAUGAAUCAGACGAAACGGCCAGGUUGAACACAAGUCAACCGGUCCAUGGGAAUAGCAGGGAAUCUGGUGUUACACUUCCAAAUCUCGUGCCCGAAGCUAAGUACAGUGUGGGUUCUCGACACUCGACUCGAGAGGUCAAUUUUUCCCAGUUAGAUUCGGAUACGAAACGCCGACGUCGACUAACCCGUGUUCUGACUACUCCGCCAAUCGGUCGAGCUAGCCUAUUCAAUCUCACAUCAUCCGAGUGUGUGUCUCCGUCCGUGUGGAUGAGCACCGGCGGAGGUACAAUGACCGGGUCAAAUCCCGGCAAGACGGAGAACGAUUCAAGAGCUAGUCUGGAUCGGGCGAAUUCCGGUAAACGAUUCCUCUUGAUGAGCCAGAGUGGUCAUGUUAUCUCGUGUACUACCCUUUUUGGCGAAGAAUUGGAGGUGGAUGCCUCAAGCACCGGCGGGGUUGGAUGUAGAAGACUUCAGGCUUGUCCGGGAUGGAACUUUUUCCCCGUAUUCGUAGAACCGGAUCAGUUUGCGAGCGAUGAGGAGCUAGAGAAAAGAACUACCUCGAACAAUGGCACUGCUACCAGUCAUUCAGUUCAUGUUUCGGAUGCCGGACUAUCUUUCACAAACUCGGAUGCGGAGGUCAGUUGUGCACAGACAGAGAAUUGGGACAGACCCAUAACUCGAACGCGAGAUGUGAAUCGUUCCUCGGGCGCGCUACACUGGCUGCGACGACUGUUCCGACGGAUCCGGUCCUCGUCCACGCGCCGGGGUCUGCGUAAUCACAUCGUAGUGACCGAGACAAUGAUUUCCACCUCAGACGUCGAAGCUGGGCCACAGGAAUCGUUCAUUUUAAAGCCCCCAGUAAGUAUAUGA